GAAUGCUCAACCGGAAACGGUCAGUUAGCGUGGAAACCGACCUGACGAGCUAACCACACCACAAUGCAGGUAGCCAGCUAGAAAACGACUUAAAUCUAUGUAAUUCACACGGGUUUUCGGUUUGAGAAGAGGUGAACACGAACUGUAAUUCGUGUGACAUCGAUAAGCUGUUUUGUUUUUUCGUAUGAGCUAAUGUGGCUUGCCAACUGCAUUGUAGUUAACCGCAACACGAAGCUAGCUGGAGGCGUCAGGUCGUUUACGUCUCAUUGAGACUGCGUAGCUUUGAGGGUACAGUUAAUAAUCAAGCGUCUUGUGAGCAGUUCAAGAUCUACCUGAGGAUGACUUAGAGUCAGGUAUCUGGUGAUAAAGUUAGAAAGACUAUAGGGUCAGAAGAGAGUGAAUCAAACUACAAGAUAGGACAGGAAAGGAGUGUUAAAAUGAAAGUCAUGGAGAGAAAUGUGAUGCGUCUGGUGGCUGUGCAACACCUCCGAGCAGCGUUUGCGAUCAAGACAAAGAACUGGAACAAAAACAAAGCAGCCAGCUGUAAGACAACAACCAGCAACUCGACAAAGGUUUUUGGAGUAUCCCUGGAGACCUUGCCGUACUAUAAUAUGGAAUGUGGGGGCGUGCCAAGCUUCCUGGUCGAUGCAUGUAUGAUACUGCUGGCACAUAUUGACACAGAGGGCUUGUUCAGAAAAUCGGGCUCUGUCGUCCGCCUGAAAGCACUCAGGGCUAAACUGGACACGGGUGAGGAGUGUUUGUCCACUGCUCUUCCCUGUGACGUGGCCGGCCUGGUGAAGCAGUUCUUCAGGGAGCUGCCAGAGCCGGUGCUGCCCGCGGAGCUGCAGGAGGCCUUUCUCAAGGCCCAGCAGCUCCCCACCGAGGAGGACAGGACCUCCGCCACCAUGCUGCUGUCUUGUGUGCUACCCGACAAAAACCUAAGCAUCCUGCGUCACUUUUUUGACUUCCUCCAGAAUGUGUCUAAGAGGAGCGCAGAGAAUAAGAUGGAUAGCAGUAACUUGUCUGUAAUCUUGGCUCCCAACAUCCUCCACGCUGGAGACGGUACAGAGAAGAUGAACGCCAACACCGAGAGACGCCUCAAGCUGCAGGCAGCCACAGUGCACUGCUUCAUCGAGAAUGCUCACAACUUUGGUGUGUUACCACAGUUCCUUCUAGAGAAAGUUCCAGCCAUGAUGGGCUGCGAGGCGGGCAUUCUGUCCCCUACUCACGAUGGACUCGAGGAGCUUGACUUAAACUCAGGGAUGAAGAGGAGACACAGACGCAGCUUCGGAGAUUUGGUCAAUGGUGCUCUGAAUAAGAUAAAAACUAAUAGAACACCCACAAAAGCCCCCCAGUCAGACAGUCUUGUCUUUUCUUCUGCCACUCCUGUGAUUGCAACACCAACCUCAAAGCGAAAACAACCUAUGGAAUCUGGCCACUCUUUUGGAUUCUCAAACAAGAAACGUAGAUCUGUGAAAAAGACCCUUGGGAUUGAAUUACUUCCCAAUACUUUGUUCAGCGGGGUCUCCACUCCUGGAUCAGCUUACAGCGCUCCGGGGAUCUUGGACUCUUCCCACAAUACGCUGUCAUCAGCAGGGAAGUCUAGAAGGCAGUCGGCCGUCUCUGUGAUGAGGAAGAGCCGACGACUUAGCAACAGACACGCUGUCAACAGAGUUGAAUCUGGAAAAGCCGGUUGCUUCUCUCCUAAAGUCGGCAAAAAAGAAGCACCGCGCAAAUCUCUGCGCCUGCGUUUUAGCCUGGGGAAGAGCAGCAAGGAGGCUGGAUCUGAGUCCAUAGGCUGGCGACUUGCCUCUCAGGAGAGCACCACCACUUUCCAUUUCACCAAAGAGACCGAGUUCAGUCCGUCAGUUCUGCCUAGAAAAGCAGAAUCCAAGAGCUCCAAGUUCAUCAGUAAGUCUGAAGACAACCUGCUGACCCCUCAAUGUGACUCGAGUGUCCACCAGAUCUCGUGGAGCGGGGAGACUCCCGUAGGAGCCCAGGCUUUCAGCGGAGGCUCUUUCACAGACACCCCCAUGAGCAUGUGCUUAAAGAGCAACUACAAAUCUGAGCCAACCAUCGUCGUGUCAAAGCCUCCAGCGGUAACCAGCUUUCCCAAGAAGCUGUGCUGUGCCUCCAGCGCUGAGAGCCUGGAGAGCGAAUGCUCCAUCACUGAAGCCAAAACCGGCCCCACCCUGCUGAAAAUAAAGAAGGCCUUCACAGAGUCGGGCAGCGACCUCCAGUCUGUCUUACAGGAAGCCUGCAGCUCUACGGGGCCAACAAAAACACCAGACAUCGUACUAGUCCCUCCACCAGAGACUCACACAGUCAAAGCUCUGUCUGUGGACACAGGAGCCUCCAGCUUCUCACCUCAGCGUAGUCUUCUGGCUUACGAACAGAACAUUACAUUUAGCCAGAUUGAAAUCGCCGCUUUAUCCCCUUUGCAUAUUGACAGCGUAGUUUUUGAGCCUGGUGUGUACUAUACUACGGCAGCUGAUAAAGGUUCUCUCUGUGCUGCUCCCGUCAGCAGUCAGAACAGCUCCAUGGUGGGAGACAGCGAAGGGGAGGUAGAGCAGGUGAACUGCAGCAGGCUGAUCGACGCUCUGGACAUCCAGAGUCCUGCUCUCUUCAAACUGGGCGUCUCCUCCGGGCUGCAGUCCACGCCAUACAGGCUGGGCCUCAGAGACGAGUUCGGUACGCCUCCUAGAAUUGGUCCUAUAGUCCACGUGGUACACGAAGAAAACGAAUCUUCCCCAGAGAUUGUCGCCAAAGUCCAAAAGCAACAGCAGCCCCUCUCACCGCGCAGCCUGGAGACCGAGAAGCGCCGGGUGGCGGACCACAUCCAUCACUUCAACAAGCUCACGCUUCAUUCUCCCAGAGGCCCCAAGGCCAAACACAUCAGAUCCCCGCUCAAGUUCCAGCGCACACCGGUGCGUCAGGCCGUCCGCCGGAUAAACUCUCUCCUGGGGGAGAGCAGGAGACCCGUUAGAAACGCAGAGCUCGCCAUCACCCAGAGCAGUCCGGUGGUGAAGGCGGUGAGCCUGGAGAGCGGCCUGUCCCCGCACCCACAGCUCCAGCCUCACCGGGGACGCUCCAACAGCGUUUGUCCCAUAAAGAAACCGCCUCCAGUCCCACCCAAAAAGCCAAGCACCCUAGCCCGUAAAGCCAAAGCCUGCGCUCUGGCCGACAUGACCAACAAGGUCCAACCAAAGACCAAAGUGGACUGUUCUGUCCCCGAUCCACCAGGAGCCCAGAAGCGUCUUGUGCAGCAGGUAGUAGAGAAGGACAUGAACUACUACAGAGGUUCACCCAGAAACCCACUCCACCAAGUACAGCUGCUGUCCGCCACCAAGCCUGUAGAUUUAUAGCUUCACAUCUUUUUUUAUAUUUCCUCCUCACUAUGCAGGUCUCCGUCUGCUAGGACUACAUGACAUUAAAACAUAUAUAAUCCAUAUUUUCAGGGGUUUUAAUUUAUUUUUUAGCUACGGUAGGUGCUGCUUGUGUUGCGUUAGGGUUCUUAAUGGGAGAUGGUCAUACGCCUUAUGUUUGUUUUUACUCUAGUAAAACAAGUUUAAACAUCGAGACGUAUCGGUUUACAGGAUUAUUAGUGUUUUGUAGUGUGCAGGCUAAAAAUGAUGUGAAAUGUGAUUGACGGUAUGACAGGAAAUGUUUAGAUCAAGUCUUAUGCUUUUAUUUAAUGCAUUUUUAUAUCUAAUCCUUAGUUAGACGUCCUUAAAAAAACAAAAACUGUUUACCGAAGUUGAAGCUGUUUCUUAAAUUACACGAUAUUUUUUUAACAGAAAGAAGUUAAAAAAAUGCACCUUUUUUUUUGUUGGAUUUUAUAAGCUAAAAAAAAAAAAAAAAGCCAAGCAGUAUUGAUCACAUCAUCAUGUCUAUCGCAGUCCAUUAAUUUACAAAAUCAUCAGCCAUUAAAAAUGCUUUGCUAUGUGAACUGCUGCAGAUAAAUAAAAUCAAACGGUAUAUACCUACA